AUGCGGCUUCUAAGCUCCUUGUCGCGGAUUUUCGGAGUUGUAAACAGAAAGUCGUCGACAAGAGCUGUGAGAACAGUUGCAUUAAUACCUGGUGACGGCAUAGGUCCAGAAAUAUCUGCUGCCGUUCAAGAGAUUUUCAAAUUUGCUGAUGUUCCUAUUCAGUGGGAUACAGUGGAUGUGACGCCUCGACCCACAGAAGAUGGUCGGUUUCGUCCACUAGCUACUCCAAUUGGCAAAGGACAUCAAUCUUUAAAUUUAGCACUGAGAAAAGAGUUCAAUCUUUAUGCCAACGUUCGACCGUGUAAAUCUAUUGAAGGCUAUGAAACUCCGUAUAAGAAUGUGGAUCUAGUCACAGUAAGAGAGAAUACUGAAGGUGAAUAUUCGGGUAUUGAACAUGUGAUUGUGGAUGGUGUUGUACAAAGCAUAAAACUGAUUACUGAGGGAGCAAGUCGUCGUAUCGCCAAAUUCGCCUUCAAAUAUGCUAAAGACAAUGGUCGACGUAGUGUUACAGCUGUCCACAAAGCGAAUAUCAUGCGAAUGUCAGAUGGUUUAUUUCUUCGAGUCUGUCGUGAAGAAGCUAAAAAUCAUAGAGAUAUUGAAUUCCAAGAAAUGUUCUUGGAUACUAUGUGUUUAAAUCUUGUUCAAGAUCCUACACGUUUCGAUGUAUUGGUUAUGCCAAAUCUAUAUGGAGAUAUUUUAAGUGAUUUAGCCGCUGGUUUAAUUGGCGGUUUAGGCGUCACACCGAGUGGGAAUAUUGGUGAGACUGGCGCUAUUUUCGAAUCGGUACACGGUACUGCUCCAGAUAUUGCUGGUCAAGAUCUUGCCAACCCAACUGCUUUACUAUUUUCAGCUAUUAUGAUGCUCCGUUACAUGGGUUUAAAUUCACAUGCAGAUUUGAUUCAGUCUGCUGUGUUGGCUACAAUUCGUGAAGCUAAAUGUCUUACAGCUGAUCUUGGCGGUCAUUCAACGUGUUCUCAAUAUACUAAAGAAAUCUGUCGUAAAAUUGAACAAAAGGCUUGAAGUGAAAAUAUGCGUGUGUAUACACAGGUUUACACUCACUAGUGUGUAGUGCUUUCUUUUCUACAGUCUUUGUCUCUAUCGAGUUCUAUCUAAU